GGCUCAGUCAACACCCGCCACAAACCUUGACCGCAACCCACCCGCCGUAAUCUCGGAAGCAGGAUCGCCUGCGUCGCCUAACAUGGCGCCCAACGAGCUCGCCGACGUAGCGGACGACGCCUCGUCGGGCGGCUCUUUCACCCUGUUGAAGCAGCAGCUCGAGCUCGACUUCAGUUUUGCACCGCGCCGCGUCAAAGGCCUUACUACACUCGACAUACAGCCCGACCAAGCGCAACUGCGGGAUAUUACACUGAACUGCCGCCAACUGAGGCCGACGAGCAUCAAGAUCGAGGGAGAGAGGGCCGCCUUUAGCUACUCGAACCUUCACCAGCGCCUGACGCUAUAUCCCGGCACCGGCCUCGAGCAAUACCACUAUGCAAAAGAGCGGAUAGCGCGACAUACACAGGGCGGGGAAGAUGAGCUGGUUAUUGCUGUGCCUGAAAAAGUCAAGAUUCGGGAAGUGAAGCCUUCGGAGGCUGGUAUGACCGACGACGCCCCGGGCACCUUUUAUGCGCCGCUGAAGCUGGAGAUUGAAUACGAACUGGACGAUUUCCGGGACGCGCUACAAUUUGUCGGACUGGAGGAUGGAGAUGCACGGUACCCGCAUGCCUACACGCGCAACUCGUCCUUUCCUGGUUCAGCAUCGUGCCUGUUUCCGUGCAUAGACGACGGUGAAACGCGCUGUCUAUUCGAUGUUUCGAUUCGUUACCCACGAACGCUGGGGGAUGCGCUUAGCAAAACUCCAGAUACCAAUACGAAUGCGCAACCACAAAGAGAGGGUGCCGAAAAGGCUGAUAGUGUUAUGCUGGACGCGGAUGACGACCAAGUGGACUUGUCCGAGGAAGAGAAGGCCAUGGAGAUGCAAGUCAUCUGUUCUGGUACACUGACAGACGAUAUUCUCGAUCCCGCCGACUCUACUCGAAAGACAGCCAGCUUCUCCUGCGAUACACUUGUUCUUCCACAACAUAUCGGCUUCGUAAUCGGCCCCUUCGAACAUGUCGAUCUCUCAGAGUACCGUGACACACUUGACGACGAGCGCUUGGGAGAGAAUGCCAUCAAAGUCCAUGCCUUCUGUAUGCCAGGCAAGGAAAACGAGGUCCGGAACAGCGCCAUGAUGCUAGCUCGAGCGCUCGAUACCUUCACCGAGCGCUUCCAGAGUUAUGCAUUCGGCAACUCUUACAAGCUCGCAUUUGUCGAUGAUUUGGAGUGGGAUACUGCGCAUACAGCCUCGUUCUCCAUCUGCAGCUCUCGUUUGCUGUUUCCGGAGACGGUAUGGGAACCGCUGGAACACACAACUAGGGUGCUGGUACAUGCAGUAGCCAGCCAAUGGAUAGGCGUCGAUGUUAUUGCACACAAUCCUGAAGAUCAUUGGAUCAUCGUUGGUGGUUCAUGGUUCAUGGCUGAGCUCUAUCUCCGAGAGUUGUUCGGUCGCAACGAUUGGCGUUUCCGGCAAAAGCUAAUGGUUGACAAGGUCAUCCAGAUGGACCGGAAGCGCCCUUCGCUACAGCAACUUGGAUACAUCUUGCAGCUGGAUCCGGGCGAGGUUGAGUUUAUGGAGCUGAAAUCGCUCAUGGUACUCUCCAUCCUCCACAACCGCCUGGUAAAACAAAGUGGAAAGAACGGUGUUGACAGGUGUUUGUACCGGAUGCUGUUCAAUGCUCGCCAGGGCAAGUAUCCUAAUGGCGCGAUUGCUUCGGACGACUUCUUCGACAUUUGCGAGAAGGUUGGGCAUCAAAAGCUGGAGUCCUUUUUCCAGCAAUGGAUCGUGGGAUCUGGAUGUCCGACUUUCCACUGCGUACCUUCAUUUAACAAGAAGAAGCAAGUGGUACAGCUUACUAUCAAGCAGCUCCAGGCUGAUUCAUCGAUAACAAAUAUCGAAAACGGUCUCGCCGCGGACGACUUCAUGCGCGAAGCAAAGGAGAAGUCUCGGGACUUGCGCUCCGCGACAGGAUAUCCUACCUUUGUUGGCCCAAUGACCAUUCGAAUUCACGAAGCUGAUGGCACACCCUAUGAACAUAUUGUCGAUAUCAAUUCGAACAACGUCAAAGUGGAGAUCCCGUACAACACAAAAUACAAGCGUCUGAAGAGGAAUCGACUGAACAAAGAGCGUAUGGCUGCAGCAGCAGGCCUUGAUGCCUCAGGUGAAACACAAGAAGACGUCACCUUUUACAUGCUCGGAGAUCUCUUUACGUCUCCUCAAGAACACAAUGAGUGGCGACUAGAUGAUUGGCCACCGGAAGAUGAGGCCAAACAAGAGGGCGAGGCUUACGAGUGGAUUCGUAUUGAUGCGGAUUUUGAGUGGAUAUGUCGGACCAACAUCGAGGACAUGCCAUCAUACAUGUACGUCUCGCAGCUGCAACAAGAUAAGGAUGUCGUUGCACAAGCAGAGUCGAUACAGUUCCUCGCGAAUAAGGAAGGUCAUAAACUAAUCUCGACUUUCUUGGUGAAGACCCUGAUGGACAAUCGAUACUUCCACGGCAUACGAACCAUGGCUGCUAUGGUCCUGGCUCAGAGUGCGUUGAAGCGGACCGAGUGGGUUGGUCUCUUCCAUCUGAAGAAAGCUUUCCGCGAGCUUUUUUGCUUGCCCAACUCGCCCAUGACUCGGUCAAACGACUUCUCUGAUCGUAGCAUGUACCUGAUUCAAUGCGCUAUACCUAGAGCUAUUGCUAAGAUCAAGGGCGAAGAUGGGAGAUCUCCAUUAGAGGCAAAGCGCUUUCUGCUCGACCUGGUGCGGUACAACGACAACCGUGGAAACGAUUACAGCGACGAUCACUACAUCUCUACGUUGAUGCGGUGUCUUGCGGAGACGCUCACGAAGACCACCGCAAGUUCCGAGCUCAGCCACGAGGAAUGGGCUCAAGAGCAGGAUUUCACAAGCAAAGCCAUUGGGGAGCUUACCCGACAUCAGAGGCUUGAUGAGUGGAUCCCUACCUAUCAAAACGUUUACACAACUACGGCUCUCGAUUGUGCACUGAAGUUGGUCAUGAGCCGCGUUACCCCGUUCAAGCCGACCGAAUUUCUCCAGUAUGCCCAGCUAGGCAACGCAGACAACGUACGCCUGAAGGCUUGGGAAUGCUUAAUUCGGCUAGGCAUGUUUCGGAAAGAUACAAUGUUAAGGUUUCUUAUGCAUGAGAUCCGGUCCGAUCCCUCGCCGUACUUCAGGAAGCAACUGCUACGGAUCUUCGGCAUCGCUAUCGGACAGGUUGCUACUGGAGAUGUUUGGGCACCAGAGAAGACUGUUGAAACCUCAGCAGAUACGCUCAUGAUCGAAAACGAAGCCAGCAAUGCUGAACGUGCAUCGGCUCUCGCUCGACAGAACCUUAACGGGGCUCUGAGAGGAUUGAAGAGCGACUUGCAAGGUAACAUCACCCUUCGAAUGGUACUGGAGGAAGCCUUGAAGUCAAGAGCACUGUCAACAAGCGACAUGUCUGAGCUUUUGGACAUUUGCGACAUGAUCUUUGAUAACCAGAAGGUCAACAAGCUGCCUAUCAAAUUGGCUCUUCCACGCUAUUGGAAGGUGGAACAUGUUGGAAAGGGACUGUUGCGCUUUAGACACAAUAGCAGGUUCCGAGCCGUAAAGAUGCCACCUCGGGAACAAGUGGAGGAAGGGAUAAGGAAGAUGCGAGAGGCAAAAGCGGGCUUUUCGGCUCUUCCAAUACCUCCGCCUCAGCCCCAGCCUCAACCUCUACCUCAACCCCUACCUGUACUUCAGCCCGUGCGAGACGCAACUGCUCCAGCUUCGAAACUGCCAGGAUUGCCGAAGCUGUCGCUCAAGAUUGGCGGCAAGAAAAAGUCUGCCACAUCUCCACCGUCUACGGCUGGAACUCCGCAGGCCUAUUCGAGGAGUCAAUCUGUCGUGUUUUCGCCCACCGUCUAUAAUUCGCCAUCUCCAGCACCCAUGUCAAAGCCAGCAUCUCCAGCGCCAGCAGCAAAUGAAACAAUAGCAGUAGCACCGCGGCCGCCGCCUGCUGCUGCUGCUGCCCCGCCUCAGAUAGAUUCGCGUUCGUCGACCCCAGAGGUGCCACUGAUGCAACCUUCAAAGAAGAUUGCAACUCCAGCAGCAACCCCCAAGCCAGCAACUCCAGCACCUGCUCCCGUUCAAGCUCCGAAACCUCCAACUCCGGCACCCUCCGCUCCUGCCCCAGUUAUCAAGACUCCGGUUCCACCGCCCAAGGUCCCUACUCCAGCUCCUGCGUCGGCCCAAGCGAAGCCAACUCCGAAGCCAACUCCGAAGCCAACACCGGCGGUCAUCAAGGUACCGAAGCCUAUGUCGACGACUCCCACCAUUCAAUCUCCAGUCCCUCUGCCAGCUCCCAAGCUUAAGAUUAGGACCAAAACCGCAUCUGGCUCCACCGUACCAUCAAGACCUUCCAGUGCCGCUCCUUCGCCGCGCCCGAGUGCAGCUCCAUCACCUCGACCCAGCAACGUUCCUCCUCCAUCACGUCCUGCUGUUUCCACUCCAUCAUCAUCUAUAGCAAGGCCAGUGAUCAAGCAGAAGAGAAGCAAAAUCGUCAAGCUACGCCUUCCUUCUAAGCUUCUCUCAGGCUUCACCCCGGGAGAGAGCAAGAAACGCAAACUGAUCUCUGGAAACGGGGAUGAUGAUAGACCGUCUAAGCGUCAGAGUCUCGAAACAAGUAGUAUGUUGAAUGGUAAAGGAUCUGGUAAGAGCGGACUCGUUACUGUGGAAAAAGGUAGUAGUGGUAGUGAAAAGCCAAGGUUACUUCUUAAGAUGAAGGUGGGAAAGAGCAAGCUACCUGUUGAGCGGAAGCUGUGAAAGGGAAGCUGACCGAGUGCGGUCUCAGGAAGGAGAGUAACGAUGAGAACUAAGGGUAACAUGCAUUUUCAAGGUGUUUAACGGAUGGGCAUCUCUUCCUCUUCCAGCGAACGAAAAAGGAUUUGGGAAAAUGGAGGAUUAAGACAGCUGCAUGAUGCGAUUAGGACUACAGCAUUCAGCGAUGGCGUUUUCAUGUUUUUCAUUCUUUUUCAUAGUGGAUGGGACGUUAGGUGGAUAUACCCCCAGUUUUCUGAAACUAACGAACCUCAUCUACCUGCUGGAUUCGUAUGGUUAGACCGGCUAGAGUAAGAAUGUA